AUGCGGACAGACAGCAGUGGGAAUUACAUUAGUCAUAACUUACAACCUGAUAUUCAGAAUCUUUCAAGAACAAAGCGCCAAACAAAAUAUUUUCACUCCAAAUUGUUCUACUCAUUCAAGGGAUUUGGUAAACAACUCAACCUAGAGGUUUCAUCCUCAACAAAUUUUAUUGGCCCAAACUUCAAAGUCUACAAACGAAACAGUGACGCGCAGAGGAAAAGAACGUCUACAGAGGCCUUUAGCAUCGAGGUUAGGAAUUGCUUUUACGGUGGUCAAGUGAAGCAACAGGAAGGAUCAUCGACGGUAGCUUUAAACAUUUGUGGAGGUCUGAUAUUUGAAGAAGUUGACCACCAGGCAGCACCACUACCUCACAAGCUUUACAGGAGGUCAACAUCAACUUCUCUUAUGAGCUCUACCUUUCCAGAAAGACUUGAUAUACAUUCAAAUGACAAUGUCAAGUCUCCAAGAGAUCAAUCUUACUACUGUGGACAACCGGAGAACUUAACAUACGUUUCCUUUCUUUGCAGACAUGCCACGAAAACCAAAGGAAAAGAAGAUUUUGGUUGCCUAAUGAAUUCCCAAAACCAACACGUCCAAAACGGGCAUAAGUUCGACCGCAAACGUCGUCGAAAUGUUGAAACUCUUGUCGUUGUAGACAAAAAUAUGGUCAAGAAACAUAGUGCCGAAAAUGUUACAAUUUACGUUCUUACAGUUUUUAAUAUGGUGGCGAUGCUGUACCAGGACUCCUCCAUUGGUCAUAAUGUCAGUGUUGUACUCGUGGGUCUAGUUUUACUCGAAGGAGACGAGCCUGGGCUUUCUUUGACCUACAAUGCCGAAAAAUCCCUGUCUAGCUUCUGCAAAUGGCAAUCAAUGUUACAUGACACCAAGGGCUCUUACUAUGACCACGCUGUGCUAUUGACGGGAUUGGAUAUCUGUUCUUGGAAGGAUGAACCUUGUGGUACUCUAGGUUAUGCCCCUGUCAGUGGCAUGUGUAGUAAGUACAGAAGCUGUACGGUUAACGAAGACACGGGACUAGCCUUGGCUUUCACUGUUGCGCAUGAAGUGGGCCACAAUUUCGGCAUGGUACAUGAUGGAAGAGGAUCGAAGUGUAAGGACGCAAGAGGGAGCAUCAUGUCACCUGUACUGGCUGGACUGGAGGGAACUUUCCAGUGGUCAUCUUGUAGCAGAAAGGAGCUCACCAACUUCCUGGAAUCUUCUCGUUCUUACUGUCUGAAUAACGAACCUCGACAAGCGAGAGACCUUCAAUUUCCAGAUAAACUUCCUGGGGAGAUGUAUGAUGGCGGCAUGCAAUGUAAGCUCCAGUUUGGGUCCAAGUCGAAACUCUGUAAAUUGUACAAUGAAAAGAACAAUUUGUUACAAGAAAACAACAUCUGUAAGUCCCUCUGGUGUCACAGACGAGGUCGAAAAUGUGUAACAAAGUUCAUGCCUGCCGCGGAAAAAACCUCAUGUAGAAGGAACAUGUGGUGUCGUAGGGGAAAAUGCGUUGAAAAGAGUGAAGAAGGGCGUAAAGCUGUCGAUGGAGGAUGGGGAGCUUUUUCUGACUGGUCUUCUUGCUCCAAGUCUUGUAGCGGUGGUAUAGCUUUCAAGGAACGAAGAUGCAACAAUCCAAGACCUAGAAAUGGUGGAAAAGAAUGUGAGGGUGAAAUGCGAGUGUACAAGAUUUGUAACAACAAGCCUUGUCAUCGUGGCACCAAUGACAUCCGGAUCGAACAAUGUGGAACAUUUAACAAUAAGACUUUCAGGGGAAAUCGGUUCCUAUGGAAACCAUACAAUAAGAAUCUUGGAGUUUGUCCCGGUGUCAAGUAUACUGUAUGCCAGAAAAAACUAAUAUUUUCCAUGUGUUAUCCACUAAACUUCCUGACGAACGUUGGUUGUGAUGGUGUAGUAGAUUCUAUAGUUCGUCCCGACGUUUGUGGAGUGUGCAAUGGAGACAAUUCGUCCUGCCAUGUGUUUACAGGUCAGCUGACGAUACACAGAGAUAUAUCAGGUUACUACCACAUUGUAAAAAAUUCCAGAAAAAUUGUAGUCAGCGAGGUUGAAGAAUCUCUUUCGUAUCUUGCUCUGCGAAACUUGGGUGGUCAUUACUAUGUUACUGGCCACUGGACAGUAGAUUGGCCUGGGCGUUACAGAGCAGCUGGAACAGAGUUCCUGUACAGAAGAUGGUACAAACAGCCUGAAUCCUUACAAGCCGAGGGUCCCACGGAUGAAGAUCUUAUUGUGGAGGUGUUGCUUCAAAAAGAAAAAACAACAAUACAGUAUGCAUUUGUUGUAGCCAAUAUCACUUUGGGAACUACGUACUCAAUGUUCAACAAGUCAAAUAAGGAACGUUACAAGUGGAGAUUAACAUCUUCUGCGUGUUCUGCCCCUUGUGGAGGAGGUCAUCAAUAUCAGAAUCCCCGCUGUGUGGACGAAAAAGGACUUCCGGUAGUGAAAAACCUUUGUUCAAUAGCAUUACGACCUUCAGUAAACAUAAGUGCUUGUAAUAAGCACCCUUGCCCAGCAAGAUGGGAAGUUGGAAACUGGACAAUAUGUUCCAAAAGCUGUGGUACAGGGUUUCAACAUAGGACUAUCCGAUGUGUCCAGGAAAAAAAGACAAAAAGGACAGUGACUAGACGACACUGUCAUGGCUUGACCCUGCCAGUAAGGAAACAAAAGUGUAAGCAGACGGAAUGUCCUCCGAUUUGGGUAACUGGUCCUUGGACAAAGUGUGAAGGCGGCUGCAGUUUGGGUGUUCAGACAAGAACAGUAGUUUGUCAUAAAUAUGGCUUGUGGAAUUUUCCACGUUUGGAUUUCAAAGAGUGUAAGCAGACUGAAGCGCCCUCUUCCGUGCGUAGAUGCAAAAUCAACGACUGCAAACAGUUUCGACUUGGCCAUGAAAAUGGAGAAUGGAUCACCGAAAACUGGGACCAGUGUAGUGCAACUUGCGGCCAAGGACAACAGACUAGAAUCGUCAGGUGUGUUAACCGUGAAAAUCAUCUAGACAGUAAGUGGUGGAAUCUGAGAACAGCGUACCACACUCCACCACAGUGUGAUCCACUAACUAAACCUACCAGCGUUAAGCCCUGUAAUAAUGAAACCUGCAUUCUCACUGAAACCCAAGGACCUAAAUGUUCAGACCUAUUCAGCUGGUGUGAUGUAGUGGUCAAGCACAAUGUCUGUGAUCAUCAGUUCUAUGCCAAGAAAUGCUGCACGUCGUGCGCUAAAGCUAAGACACUUCUUUAAUUAAGGGUUAUCCAUUGAAAGCUCAAAGUGCCAUCUCUGUGUGAUGUUACACCACGUAUUUUGUACUGUAUUCGAUAUGUUUACAUAUGUGUGUGAUCUCUCCUUUUUUAGAGAUGGUAUAGAUCU